AAGUCAGUCUUGGGAGAAACGUGAUUAAGUAAACAACGUUUAAACCGGUGAAGCGCUUAGAAAUUGUUGUUAUUUUUAACUUGUUAACGGAAAGAAGUGUAUAACAAAAAAAAAACCUAAACUGAUAAAAUUAACAAAAAAAUAGAAAUAGAAAUAACUUCUUAAGCGCAGUUUUUGUUAAAACGCGAUAAAGAAAAAAGUAUUAAACAAAAUUUGAAAAAGAAAAAAGCAAUAUAUAGAAAGAAAUUUUGCACAAAUAAAGAGGAAGAAAGAAAUCAUACGCAACGAAUGAAUUUAGCAACGCACACAAACUAACUGAAGACUAACGCAUUGGAACCGGUUAAUAGAUAAUGAUAGUAAUAAUAAAUAACAUGCUUGGAAAAACGCAUGAAAAAUGUUACUGAUCUUGGCCAGAGAAAUCAAUGAAAAAGAAAGUGAAUGUUUCUACCGACAACGAGUUGUCAGAAACAAGUAAUAACGAAGAAAACGCCAACAAAUACAAAAAGAAAAUUUAUUAAAAUCCAGAUUUUUCUUAUGCAAACAUUUUGUAUUUUGUUUAAAGAUCGAAAAUUACGUUAGAAAACGAUAUUAAUGAUCAGUUGACUGCAAUUAAGUUGUCAGAUAAUAUAGAAAGAAUUAAUUUAAAAAUUAAAAGACCUUUAAGAAAAGUGAAAUUUUUGGCGAAAAAAAUUUAAGUUAAUAACACACACAAAACACAAAUGUUUAACACUAUGCGAGAAGAUGAUAUAGAAUUUGCCAUUAAGGUGGUAAUAGUGGGCAAUGGUGGAGUGGGUAAAUCGUCGAUGAUACAACGUUACUGUAAGGGAAUCUUUACAAAAGAUUAUAAAAAGACCAUAGGAGUAGAUUUCCUAGAAAGACAAAUCGAAAUCGAUGGUGAGGAUGUGCGCAUUAUGCUGUGGGAUACAGCGGGACAAGAAGAAUUCGAUGCCAUCACCAAAGCCUACUAUCGAGGUGCUCAAGCCUGCGUUCUCACCUUCUCUACCACAGAUCGAGCUUCAUUCGAAGCUGUGCGUGAGUGGAAGCGUAAAGUAGAAAAUGAAUGUCAAGAAAUACCCACAGUGAUAGUUCAAAAUAAAAUCGAUCUCAUUGAUCAGGCCGUAGUGACGGCCGAUGAAGUCGAAUCAUUAGCUCAGCAAUUGAAUUGUCGUCUUAUAAGAACCUCCGUUAAGGAGGAUGUUAAUGUGGCUUCCGUAUUUCGUUAUUUGGCCACCAAAUGUCAUCAACUAAGUCAGGCCUCCUAUACGGAACAGCAACAGCAGCAGCAGCAGGGCUCUCAAAUUAACGGUACGCAUAGUCAUGAAAGUCACAAGACCAUUAGUGCAUUUAGUCCUACAUUUACCAAAUCAAAGUCCACGCCGGGCACUAUAAAAUUGCAGAAAAGUACAACGGCACGAAAGCGUAAAAUUAUAUUGAAAAAAUGUGGCAUAGUAUAAAAAACAGCAACAACAACAAACAUUUAAAAAAAAACUAAAAUAACACAAAAAAAAAAACAAAAACAAAUCAUAUCUCAUUAUUGUUUGUUUGUAUAAGAAAGCGGCCAAUAGUAAUUAAAACUAAAAAAAAAAAUAUUGUUACUCAUCUCAAAAAAUUCAUCAACAAAAACGAAGCAAACAGUUUCCAAAAAAUUAUUGGAGCAUAAUUAACACCUUCAUCAUAUAUACAUAUGAAUACAAACAUACAUACGCUAUACUCCUAAUGAUUUUGUAGAAAUUUUUGUGUAAUUAAUUAUAAAGACGAAAAUUGUUUAAAUAAAAUACAAAAGAUAAACAAGAGUAAUAAUAUCUAAACAUAAAAACACCUUCCCCCCACACACACACACAACAAACGGUAUGUCAAUUUUAUGCUAAUAGGAAAAUAUAAAACAUUUAAUUAAAUUUAUCUUUUAUUUAUAUCUUAAUAUUUCCAGCUUAAUUAAAACCAGUGCGUAGACUCGCAAGCCAACAAAAACCGGCUUCCUUUUCCCUGUUGUCCAUUGAUGAAUAAAAAUU